AUGGCCGCCGACGCGUACACCUUCAUCUUCGCCAUCCUCAUCUCGCUAGUGAACCUCUUUCUGCAGGUUUUCUUCACAAUCAUGUACUCGGACCUGGAGUGUGAUUACAUCAACCCGAUCGACCUGUGUAAUCGGCUCAACAACUACGUGUUGCCCGAGGCCGCGGCGCACGCCGCCCUGACCAUUGUGUUCCUGCUCACGGGCCAUUGGAUCGUGCUGCUGCUCAAUGCGCCCAUCUUUGCGUACAACGCCCACAAGAUUUAUACAAACACCCAUCUCCUGGACGCCACCGAGAUUUUCCGAACGCUCAAGAAACACAAGCAGGAGUCGUUCAUCAAGCUCGCCUGCUACCUUGUCUUUUUCUUCCUCUAUCUUUACUGCAUGAUUGCUGCUUUGGUGAGAGAGGACUAA